AUGGAGUGCCCACAACCACAAACCAUCCAUUCCCCUUUGAGACGUAGUCUGCAAGGUCUGCCAUUAGUCAACCUCAAGAAAUUUGUUCGUGUUGCGGUGUCGAGUAGAGCAGUUCGUGAAAGGGAAUCAUAUACGGGGAGAUUCUGCACAAGAUCUGCGCUUCAAGAGGAUAUGCUGGCGGGUUCUAUGGAUGCUUCUGCUACAUCAGUUGAGUGGGCACUUUCAGAGCUCAUAAAGCAUCCAAGGGUGAUGAAGAAACUCCAAACAGAGUUGGAGACUGUGGUGGGUAUGAAGAGGAAGGUGGAGGAAUCAGACCUGGACAAGUUGGAGUAUUUGGACAUGGUUAUAAAGGAAAGUUUGAGGUUCCAUCGAGUGGCACCAUUACUAAUACCACACCAAUCUAUGGAAGAUUGCAUGGUUGGAGAUUUUUUCAUACCUAAACAAACCAGGGUCAUAGUAAAUGCAUGGGCAAUUAUGCGAGACCCAAGUGCUUGGAAUGAGCCAGAGAAGUUCUGGCCAGAGAGAUUUGAGGGAAGCAACGGAUUGCAAUUGGGUCUAACUGUGGUUCGUUUAGUGGUGGCCCAACUUGUGCAUUGCUUUGAUUGGAAGCUACCCAAUGACAUGAAGCCAACAGAUAUGGACAUGACGGAGGAGUUUGGCCUCACUAAGCCCAGGGCCAAGCAUCUAGUUGCCAUUCCUAUAUAUCGCCUUCAAAAUGAGAGGGAGGAUUUGGGGGGGGGGGGGGGGGGGUAUGCAAUAGUAACAUUUUAUUUUAUGCUUAUAAUAUCUUGA